CAAUAUCUUAUUAUUUAAAUUAAGUUGAUCAUCCUUUUAAAAUUUCUCAAACAAAACCAACUUGACAACCGACAGCGACCAAGAUCAAAAAAGUUCUCUUCUUCUCUCAUCAACCAAUAUACGAAUCCACAAUUUUUCAUUCACAUAACGAGAGCUAGACAGAGAAGAAGGGGAACAAGAGAAUAAGACGAAGAAGAAGAUAUCAGAGAUGAGUUCAGCGGUGCAGAUCCAACAUGGCUCCGACGCCCCCAACGGCUUCCACACGCUGCAGCCACACGACCAAACCGAUGGUCUGAUCAGACGUGUGUGCCUCACGCGCGGUAUGCAUGUGCCUGAGCACGUGGCGAUGCACCACUCGUACGACGUUGGUCCGGAUCAGUGCUGCUCCUCGGUGGUGAAGACGACCCACGCGCCGCCCGAGUGCGUAUGGGCCCUCCUGCGUCGUUUCGAUAACCCUAGAGCUUACAAGAACUUCAUCAGGCAGUGCCGUAUCAUGCAAGGCGACGGGCUACACGCCGGAGAUCUCCGGGAAGUCAUGGUCGUGUCGGGACUCCCAGCGGUCUCGAGCACCGAGAGGUUAGAGAUCUUGGACGAGGAGCGUCACGUGAUAAGCUUUAGCGUCGUGGGUGGGGACCACCGGCUCGAGAACUACCGAUCGGUGACGACACUGCAUGCGUCGGAUGAAGAAGGAACCGUCGUGGUGGAGUCUUAUAUCGUAGAUGUGCCGCCGGGAAACACGGAGGAGGAGACUGUUAGCUUCGUGGAUACUAUAGUCCGGUGCAAUCUUCAGUCUCUGGCUAGAAGUACCAACCGGCAAUAAUCAUGUUUUUUAUAUUAUUGCAAUUAUGUAUCUAUUUUUCUCUCUUUUUUUAUAUCUUAUCUGGAUGUUUUCAUCGAUCAUGGCAAGGAUAAAAAUUUCGAGUGCCUA